UUUUACUUCCCCCUUCUUUCCCUCAUAAACAGCUCCUUGUGCGAAAAGUUUAUGAGCUGGAACAAUAGAAAUUGAAAGCGAAAAUAUUGGAUCAUCUUUGUUGUUGCAGCUGGGCCACAACCAAUUCCUUGAAUGAUAAAUUUCCGGACACUUAUGGGAACCUUACGAGUCUAAAAUAUUUGUAGGUGUUUCCUGUUUUAAGUUUAUUAGGAUACUCCAAGUCUUUUCAAUUUCUACAUGUAACCUGAUUGUCAUUUCUUACGAGUAAUUAAGAGUGUUUCCUCAAUGUAGUUCAAUAUCCGGGAAUUAUAUCUCUGAUCGGUGGCGUGUUUUGAUUUUUGUCUAGUAGAAUUUAGACUUUACCAUUGGGUUAGACCAAGUCAUAUCACCAAGGCUUCUGGUGUGACUUGGUUGUAAGGUUGGGAGCUAAGCUGAUGAGGUAGACUAGUUCAUUUGGAUUCCUUGAAUGAAAAUCAGGAUGUAUAUGUACUGUGAAUGAAACCCCGAUGUUCUACACUGUGUACAUUGAAUUGUACUUUCCUCUAUACGUAACUUCUUUGUUACUAAGUUUCUGAGUUGUUCUGGUAUGCUUUUGCUUGUCAACAGGAACAUGGAGGCGAUCUCAAUGAAGCCGUGAAUGCACAUUUUAGGGAAGGAGAUGUACACAGUACAAGUCCUUCAUCUACUGCUCCCCCACAGUACAAUUUCCCUCAAAUGAGUAAUCAGAAUCAAGUAGCUCCACAACAAGGACUUAUGCCACUUCUCUCUGUUGCCAGGAGUUUCAAGCCUUCAUUACUACUUGACCGUAGUUAUAGUAGAGAUCUCUACAAUCGGAUUGGUUCUGCAUUAACUGGUCGGGCACCAUCACCUUCACACCCAGGAGAGGUAACUGGGGUUCCUGUAGGUUUCAAUGCCAGCAAUGAGCAGCCUUAUCUCUCAGGACAGAUGCCUACAAUUCCGGAUGUGGCAAGAACUGACUUGGACGCCUCAAGAUAUGGCAAUGAUGUGGAGGAAGAAAUGAUUCAAGCUGCUAUUGAAGCUUCAAAACGAGAAGCUGAAAUGGGUUCUCCGAAUGUGCAAAACAGUACUCCCAAUGUAUCUCCUGGUAAUGGGCUUCCGGUUGAGAAAAUUCCUGAAGAAAAUUCAGAUUUUGAUCGUGCAGUUUCGUUGUCCUUGAAGACAGCAGAACAAGAGAAAGCAAUACGUGAGAUGCAGCUGAACGACAGGAAUCAAGAUCCUUUACUGUUUACCCGACAGUCUCAAUUUAUCUUGCUAAGUUCACGACAUGUUGAGUCUAACACUAUACACGUUUUAAAACCCCAUUUAUAUCUACUACUUGUUUUCAAAGAAACACUCGAUAUAUAUAUAUAUAUAUAUAUUUUUUUUUUUUUGUGCUAUGCUUUGUUAAUAGCGUCCAUGCAUUUUUAGUUUGCCUUUUGAUUAUGUUUCUCCUUUUGAUAUCAGGUUCUUAGACAUAAUUGACAUGGAGGUUUUUUA